GUAGACGACAAGCAGACGCAGCAAUAUAUACAUACACACUUUUUGGUUAUUUUUUAAUGUGUGUUUGUUGACGGCGCAAUAUUUGCCUGCGCGUAUUGCCGGAAAUUUAGCGCGUUUUUGCCCCCACCUAACUCGUUGGACACAUCACGGUGAGCAGCAGGCGGCUCUUAUUUGAUGGCGCUGGUUACCAAAACAAGCGCGGCGGCCGCUGAUGUGUGGCGGAUUUAUAUGUGAGGCGAUGCCGACAUCCCCAGUCCCGGCAGCCAAAGCUCGCAUCUUCUUCUUCACAUUGCGCACCCCGAUCAGGAGCACGGCUUGGAGCGGCGCCACCAAAUGAUUGGGGGCCAUUAAUGAAUGCAAAACUUUGGCGAAAGAAGAGGAAAGCAAAUACAACAAAGAUCUUUGUGCGAAAGGCAAAAAUAGGAGCGGAAAAAACCACGCACACACGUAAGCUUCGCGCUUGUAUGCGUUGGCGGUGUGCAGGUGUGCGUGUAUGUGUCGGAGCUGAUUUUACUGAGUGUGUGUAUGUGUGUAUAAUCAUGUGAAAAAUCGAUUGGAAGCACUGGCAGAGCGCAGCAGCGGCGCCAAUUGUCGCUUACAAUCGAGCAAGAAGAAGAAUAAGAAGCAGGAAAAAGAAAUUAAGGAAAAAGGAACAAAGUGGAUAAGUGGAUCCGGGACUCGGUUCCAUUACAAGCACAAGCAAAAACCGAUCGCCGCUAAGGAGAGGCCAUCGCAAUUGUAACAAAAAGAGACUUUGCGGACCCAGCAAGCGAACUGGGAGAGACGGCGCAAGCGGUGGAGAGAGCGCAGCGCAGCCAGCCAGCACACACAUAUUUCUUUAUAUAACUACCAGGCGCCGCCGCCAAUUCGGAAACGGCCCCAAAACAAAACAAACAGAAAGAGCGACGAGGAGCGCGGGUAGCGGACAGAUCCGUUUCGGCCAUUAGAUGCCAUCGAAGCGCCUGUGGCGAUCAGCGAAGCGGCGGCAAGAACAAGAACAAGCUAGGGAAGAGCAGCCACAACGGGCAAGAAACAAGAAACAAGAACAAACAAAACAACCCUGUUGACCUGAACCCGCAGACGACAAUUUCGAUUGUUGUUUAGGCUUUGACGAAUAAUGGAACCAGAUCCCAAUGGGAUAAAAAUAGAGCCCACACUUGACCACCACCAACAGCAGCAGCAGCAAUACGCGACCCAUGUGCUGGCCAUCAAUGGACCCAAUACACGCCUUCUCAUCGAGCAUCCCUCAGCGCUGUUGGUACCCCUAUCCACGCAUCACCAGCAACAGUUGCAGCUCCAGCAACAACAGCAGCAGCAGCAACAGCACGUACAGCAUCAUCAGUUCCAACAGCAGCAGCAUCAUCUCCAGCAGCAGCAGGAACAGCUGCAGUUCCAGCAUCAGCAGUUGCAGCUCACUCUGCCCGCCGGCUACGGCACCCACGCCACUCUAAAGCAACAACAACAGCAGCAGGUGCAGCAAGUGCAAGUGCAACAGGCAACGACAGCCACACCGUUGGGACCACCGAGCAGCGUUAGCGCCAGCUCAGCUUCCAUUACCGGCACCUCCACGACACACCAGCAGCGCUGGAACGAGAGCCCCGAGGCACGCCAGCGCCGCCUGGCCAGAAAUGCUGAAAGGAUGCGCGAGCGGCGACAGCGCGAAAGUGAAGAGGAGUACCGAAAGCGUUUGAUACGUAACGCCGAGGCCAAUAGGCAGCGGCGACAAAACGAGUCAGAGAUUGAGCGGGCAAUGAGGUUGGUGCGGAAUGCGGCCAGGCAGCGCCUGCGCCGCGCUAUGGAGUCGUCCGAACAGCGGGCCAAGCGUCUGGCCAAGCUGGCCGAAAGAAUGCGCAUGUAUCGGGCCAGCGAGACGUCCGAUCAGCGCAAGCUGCGACUGGCCGAGAUGGCGGCCAGGGCGCGACAGCGCAUCGCCAAUGAGUCGCCGGAGGAGCGGAAGGAAAGACUGAGAAAGCUGAACGACUACGCCAAAAAGGUCAGAGAAAAGAAGAAGGUACUGAAGCAUGUGGUGCACAGUGGCGGCGGCGGCGGUGGAUCGUCGUCGGUGCUAAUCACAACGCCGACGUCGUCCUCCUCCUCGUCAACGGAGCUGCACCAGCACCAUCAGCACCACCAGCAGCAGCAUCAGCAGCAGCAGCAACAGCAGCAGCAGGUGCUGGCUGUUGCAGCAGCGGCAGCCGCAGCGGCGGCAGCCAAUUGUACUAACGAACACACUAUCAAUCUAAACCAGGCGUCGACAUCGGACAACGGAGGAGGAGCUGGCACGCCCCAGCCCACGGCCGAGGAUCAACAGCAACAGCAUCUGGUCACUGCUGCCGCUUAUCAGCAGCAUCAGGCCCUGGCUGGAGUGGAGUACAUGGGCCAGGGCAUGUUCCUUACACCCGGAUCCCUGCGCGGUCCCAUGCAGCUCAAGCAGGAGCCCCUGACUUCCCAGCAGCAGCAGAACCAGAUAAGCCAGCAACAGUUGCAGCAGCAGCAGCAGCGAUACACCAUCGCCGCCGGCCAGCAGCAACAGGUGACUGCCGCUCUGCUCGAAGGCACCGAGCCCGGUAGCAUUUUUGUCCAGCAAAUUUAUGGCGAUGACGGCGGCGCCGGCAAAGGAGGCGGCACAGCCACCAAGCUUCUGCAGGCGCAUGUGCCGCAUUUUAGCAUCGCGACCACAGGAGCCGGCGGUCAGUUGGAGCUCUAUCCGCACAAAUAUUCCGCCAAGAAGCAGGAACUUCAGUCGGACAACGAUGCUCCGGGUUCGGGAGGCAACGAUAACAGCGGGUCUGUUAGUCUGGGCCACAGCGAGACCAAGGUUAUUGUGACCACAGGCGAUCAUCAGAAGCUGCUAAAGGCAGCAACGACGACGACAACACCGCUGUACAACCAAUUCCCCUACUUGGCCACCUUUCCGGCGGGCAACACGGCCAGCGGCAGCACCACGGCGACGACGACGGCGGCUGGAACAACGGCAACGGGCGCCACCACUACCUACUAUCCGAUGUACCACAAUGGCUUCCAGAUCGGGAUAGGACCGAAUGCGGUGCCACCACCUUUUACACCGGUCCACUUUGCCAAUGCCAGUGGCGCCAACAGCCCCACCGGGGGGCAGUACAACAUACUGGCCACGACCACGAAUCCUACACUAACUGUGACCGCCGGACUGGGGCAACAGCAGCAACAGGAGCAGCAGCAGCAGCAACAACCACAGCAGCAACAGCAACAUAUUGUGACCACUACGCCGGGCAGGGGCAGGCCGCGAAAGCAUCCGCUGGCCCACGAGGAACAGCUGAAGGUGAACAGUCUCCUAGAGCAGGAGCUUAACCAGAUGCUGGCGGCUCCACAGCUGGCCACGAACACCCCGCGGAGGGGCAGGCCCCUCUCCCAGCCAACGCAGCAACAGCAGCAGAAUCACGGCCAGAUACAUGUACAUUCCACGGCCGAUGGCGACAGCCGGACUCCAGUGACGCCGCGACGCAGUGGUGCGAACAAAUACGAGACGGAGGAGGAGAAGCGCCUACGGCUGGACAAGAUGGCUGCCCAUCAGCGAGCGGUGCGGGCCAAUGAAACCCCUGAGCAGCGGGCAACGCGACUUCAGAAGCUCAGUGAGCGGGCGCGCCUGAAGCGGGCCCAAAUCCGUGCCACCGAGAACACGGAGGAGCGUAAGGAGCGCUUAUCCAAGCAGGCGGAGUAUGCGCGCAUGCGUCGUAUGCGGAGUCACACGCCGAGGAGCAGCAGUGCCACCAGCGCCGAGUUCCGGGCAAAAACCGAGGAGGACGACGACGACGACGAGGACACGAGCACGGAACAGUUGUAUGAAAGCGAACCGGGCACGGCCACGGGCAGCGAUAGAGGUGGCGGCGGCAGCGGUGGCUUUGUGACCGUGGUAAAGACGGACUCCCAACUGGAUGAUGGCGAUGGCUCCAAUGAGCUGCCGCCGCUGCAGCUGCAACAGCACGAGCUGCAACAGUUGGCCCAGCAGCAGCACUCUCAUCACGAGGCGAUUGUGUUGAAUCAACAGCAGCAGCAGCACCAGCACCGCCUGGUGUCCAUCAGUCAGCACCAGCAGCCCCAUCAGGGAUUCAGCAAGCUGCAAGUGGUUAAGGACUAUGCCAGCACAGCAGCCGGAGCAGCAGCGGCAGUGACAUCCACGGCAGCGUCGGCAACGGGUGCAGCUGGUUCUGGCGGCGGCAAUGGAACCGGUGCGCCCGAGAACAACGACAUGCUGAAAAUACUCGAGCCGAUCAUCGUCAUGAAGACCAAAUGAGGAACGCGGCGGCGUCACAACGCCACCAGUCGCUAGGCGGAGAGCUGUCUAAACGAUGGUGGCCUAUAGGAGGCGAAGGACAGAUUGCACAAAGAGAAAAAGGAGGAGAAGGAGAAGAAGAUAUCUGCACGAAUCGAUUGUCUAUAGUUAUGAUUAAGAGGAUUUUUUUAACUUGUUUUAAAUGUAUGUCGACGAGGCCAUUGCCUUCGUCGGUGUUAGAGAAUGUAAAAAGCUAGAGCAGAUGAAAGAGUCAGGUGCAAUAGCUGCUGCUAUUAUUGUGUGUAAGCCAGUCUCCAGGGUACUGUGACGCCCCCCAAGAGUGACCCCAACCC